AUGUCUUCAGGUCAAUAUUACACAGAAAAGGAUACCUUUUUCGUUGAUUCUAGUGAAAGUAUAAAAAUUGAAGUCUUACAUUACCCUCCCGCCAAUAUAAGAUCGAAUUAUCCACCAAUUUUAUUCAUUCAUGGAUUAGGUUCUGCGGCUUGGGUUUGGGAUAAUUUUUGUCGUUGGUUCUCGAAUAAAGGACAUGAUUUUUUUCGAGGACAUGGACAAAGUACAAAGACUCCAAAGAAAGAUAAAUGGUGGUCAAUAAAUGACUUUACAAAUGAUGUAUCAGCCGUGACUGAUGCAAUAAUUGCUAGAACUUGUGAUAAACCUGUUCUCAUUGGGUAA